AGUAUCUUUUGAGGAAACGCUCCCUGCCUGGUUUCCACCUGCAGACGUGAAGCCAAACAGCACAGAGAGCCUCAAACACUGUGACUGCAUGAAAAAGCUGAAGAAGUAGAAAUAUAUAUUUACUGUGAGGAUUGUACCGGUGAGCAGCGAUGGUUUGCGGCGGAUUCAUUUGCACCAAGAACGCCCUCUGCGCUCUCAAUAUACUUUAUGUUCUGGUGAGUCUGCUGCUGAUCGGAGUUGCAGCCUGGGGGAAAUGGUUCGGCCUGGUCUCCAGCAUCAGGGUGGUGGCGGUGGUCAUCGCCGUGGGCAUCUUCCUUUUCCUAGUUGCCUUUGUGGGGCUUUGUGGUGCCCUGAAGCACCACCAGGUCCUGCUCUUCUUUUACAUGAUGAUCCUGUUCAUAGUGUUUGUUGUGCAGUUCUCUGUGUCCUGUGCUUGCCUGGCCCUGAACAAAGACCAACAGGAUCAUCUCCUGGAGGUUGGGUGGAACAAAUCUGAGGCCACUCACAUGGAUGUAGAGAAGACCCUCAACUGUUGCGGCUUCUAUUAUGUCAACCACAAUGGCUCAUGUGCUGCUAGAUGCUUUAGCCAAAGCAAUCCACCAUCUUGUGACACGUGCUCAAACAUCAUCCAGCAGUAUGCGGGAGAGGUGCUACAGUUUGUCGGCGGUAUCGGACUCUUCUUCAGUUUUACGGAGAUCCUCGGAGUUUGGCUCACUCACAGAUACAGAAAUAUCAAAGAUCCCCGAUCAAAUCCUGGAGCCUUUCUAUAACCACGUAACAUUAUAAUAAUUAUAACAUUUUAAUAAACCAAACUUUGCACAGCUGAAUAAUUAGUUUUUUCCUUAACUUUGUGAAUCACACUUAUCUGUACAUUUGUAAGAUUUAAUACUUGUUGCUCAGUUACUUUCAAGAAAACCAUGCUUUUUUUGCUGUUGUACCAAUGCUUUUGACUAGACUGUGAAGAUUAAUUGAACAUUGUGGGAAACAUGCUUAUUUGCUUUCUUGCCGAGAGUUAGCUGAGAAGAUUCAUAUUCUCACGCUAGUGUUUGUGUGGUAAAUAUGAAGCUACAGGUAGCAGCAGGUUAGCUUAGCUUAGCAUAAAGACUGGAAACUGGUGGAAACAGCUAACCUGGCUCUUUCUGAAGGCAACAAAAUCUGUCUACCAGCUGACAAGUCUAUUGUUUUCACACUUUUUGUACAGAUUGAACAAACGACAUAUAAUGUGUUAGCGAGCUUUUAGUGCUGAUAUGCCAAUUUUAUUACAUACUGACAGGUACAGGCUAGCAGUUUUCCUGUUUCCAGUGUUUUUCUAAGCUAAGCUAAAUGGCUGCUGACUGUUCCUUAAUAUUUGUCAUACAGAUAUGAGAGAAGUAUCACUUGGCCUUUUUCACAGCGGACGUUUUGACUUGUCAUUGUGGGACAAACAUUACAAAAGUACAACAUUACGCAGCAAAAUUAAAUUAGGCUAUCUUUAAGGCAUCUGUGUGUCACGUCAAAAAGGCCUCUCGUCUAACUCUCAGCGAGACCAAGAAAAUAAAGGUAUUUCCCCAAAUGUUGAACUGUUCCUUUAAGUGAAACUUGAUACGUGUCACCUCUUUAAUUCUAAUCUUCCUCAAAGUGAUGGACGUUAACAGCAGCUGUGUAUGCUCACCAUACACACGCCUUAUGCAAAUAAAGUGCAGGCUGCAGCACCAUGCUGGCUCAAUGAUUGUUCUCACCACUCCCAGGCUAACUAUUCAUGAGUGACCAUACACAUUACUGUGUUUUGCAGACAGUGGAUUUGGGUGUUUGAUGUCCAAACAGCAGGAAAAGAUUAAGAUUAAAUUAAAGUCAAACAUGUUGCAGUUGGUUGAAUGUAAUGCUAUUAUUAAACCAGGUUUGUUUUUGUUUUAUAUCUGUAAUUAUUGCUCUUUGUUUUCUGUUUAAAACCUUCAUGGGAAUGUAAUGAGUUGAUACUAAAUCAUGUUUCAUCAGUCUUUUUCCCUAAUUGUCCAAAAUAAACAUGCAGAGUUGCAGAACGUAA